AUGGUUCUGGCAAGAUGGUGGCCGAGUUUCUGGGCUGCGGCGACUGCUGGGGUCCAGCGGCCGGGCUCUAGCUGUGUCCAGGGGAUCAGGUGGGCGGGCGGGAGCAGCUUGUCCCCGGGAAAGGAGCGAAUUGACAGAUGUGCGGUAGGAGGUCCCUGGUCGGCCUCAUCUUCUGUACCUGCUAUCUGGCUUCUUACCUCACGAACAAGGUGGCAGACAUUCAUCGGUGGACUUUUGCUUCAUGUGUCAUGGAAGCUGGGCUGGGUGGAGAUCAACAGCAGUUCAAGAUCUAAUGUUUUGACGUGGCUUCCUGCUUCGGUGCUGUUUGUGGGUAUAAUCUAUGCUGGAUCCAGAGCCUUGUCCAGACUGGCCAUUCCUGUGUUUCUCACUUUGCAUAAUGUAGCUGAAGUUAUCAUCUGUGGCUACCAGAAGUGUUUUCGGAAGGAGAAGACAUCUCCUGUAAAGAUCUGUAGCGCCCUCUUCCUGCUGGCCGCGGCAGGGUGCCUUCCCUUCAAUGACUCCCAGUUUGAUCCAGAUGGAUAUUUUUGGGCUGUAAUUCACUUCUUCUGUGUAGGAGCUUAUAAAAUACUACAGAAGUUCCAGAAACCCAGUGCACUAAGUGACAUUGACCAGCAGUAUUUAAACUAUAUAUUCAGCGUGGCGCUCCUGGCAUUUGCAUCUCAUCCCACAGGUGAUCUCUUCAGUGUCCUGGACUUCCCGUUCCUGUAUUUCUACAGAUUCCAUGGCAGCUGCUGUGCCAGUGGAUUUUUAGGAUUCUUUCUCAUGUUCAGUAUAGUGAAGCUAAAAAGCCUUCUGGCCCCAGGACAGUGUGCAGCCUGGAUUUUCGUUGCUAAGCUGAGACUUCAAGCCAGAUUUACAGAGGCUGUAGUGGAGCAACCUGGGGCCUCUGGAGCCCGAAGAGAACUAGCCACGGAGUUCUCCUGUAGCAGUAGAACCGUCAGGCAGAGAGACAAAGGUACCGCCGUAUUGGAGAAGACCACUCCCCUCUCUGGCUACACAUCUGAUAGGACAGUUUCCGCCUUAGCUGCUGGAGCCACACACACCCAGGCCCUGAGGGGGCAGCAGAUGUAA